AUGUCUCCUGGAAUGACCCUCUUUGCCGUCCAGGCAGUUCUCAUCCUUGGCACCGAGGAUGGCUCCCGGAUAUUCACCAAAUACUAUUCUCCUCCCCACGCCGCUCCUACUGGAGGCGCAAGCAUACCGACCCAUCCUUAUACCGACCUGAAGGCGCAGAAGGCAUUUGAGAAGGGCCUUAUCGACAAGACGGCCAAGCAGACCGGAGACAUCAUCCUGUACGACAACCGAAUUGUCCUGUACAAGAUGGAGUCCGACGUCAUGCUCUACGUUGUUGGUGCCGCCGACGAGAACGAGAUUCUGCUCUACAACACAGUAUUGGCUCUUCGCGACUCCCUCCAUCUUCUGUUUAAGCAAUCCGUUGACAAGAGGACCAUUGUCGAAAACUACGACCUUGUCUCGCUCGCAAUUGACGAAAUCGUCGAUGACGGCAUCAUCUUGGAGACAGACCCUACCAUCAUUGUCCAGCGAGUCAGCCGUGCGCCCACUCAAGAUGUUCCCCUGGGCCGCAUCGAUUUCAGCGAACAGGGCGUCAACAACUUGGCACAGCUCGGAAAGUCCAAGCUAUCAGACUGGCUUCGGCAAGGGCUGUAG